GGUAUGGGAUUAGCUGUAUGCUAAUAUUGCUGCUGGGAGAAGAGCUGCACAGCGCGCUCAGUCGCCAGUGGAGGCAAAGCAGAGUCUUAGCAGAGCUGACUCCUCAAGAGCCAUGGCUGAAGGGGGUGAAGUGGAGGACGAAAUUCAAUUCCUCCGCACUGAUGAUGAAGUUGUCCUGCAGUGUGUUGCUACAAUACACAAAGAACAGCGGAAAUUUUGCCUGGCAGCUGAGGGACUUGGGAAUAGACUAUGUUUUUUGGAACCAACUUCAGAGGCUAAAUAUGUUCCUCCAGACCUUUGCAUCUGUAAUUUUGUUCUGGAGCAGUCCUUAUCUGUCAGGGCUCUUCAAGAAAUGCUGGCAAACACAAUGGCAAAUGGCAACGAAGGGAAGUUUACCAGGAAGGCAUCGCAAGGAGGAGGACAUAGGACAUUGCUUUAUGGUCAUGCAAUCUUGCUUCGCCAUUCGUUCAGUGGAAUGUAUUUAACGUGUUUGACAACAUCAAGAUCCCUCACAGAUAAGCUUGCUUUUGAUGUGGGAUUGCGGAAUACUUCUACAGGUGAGGCCUGCUGGUGGACAAUACACCCUGCAUCCAAACAAAGGUCAGAAGGAGAGAAAGUCCGCAUUGGUGAUGACCUAAUUUUGGUCAGCGUUUCUUCAGAAAGAUACCUUCAUCUCUCCAUAUCCAAUGGAAUGAGUAACAUCCAGGUGGAUGCCUCCUUUAUGCAAACUCUGUGGAAUGUCCACCCUACUUGUUCUGGAAGCAGUGUGGAAGAAGGCUUUCUUCUUGGAGGACAUGUAGUCCGUUUUUUCCAUGGUCAUGAUGAGUGUUUGACAAUACCAUCUACAGACUCUGGAGAGGUCCAGCACAGAAAAGUAAACUAUGAAGCAGGUGGAGCAGGUACCCGUGCCAGAUCAUUAUGGAGAGUUGAGCCUCUACGAAUUAGUUGGAGUGGAAGUCAUAUUCGAUGGGGGCAGACAUUUCGCCUGCGCCACAUCACAACUGGACAAUAUUUGACACUGACAGAGGACCAAGGCUUAGUGCUGCAAGACCGAGCAAAAGCAGACACAAAAUCAUCUGCCUUUUGUUUCAGAGCAUCAAAGGAAAAGCUGGAUACGGGCUCAAAACGUGACAUUGAUGGCAUGGGAGCAGCAGAGAUAAAGUAUGGAGACUCCAUCUGUUUUGUCCAGCAUGUUAACAGCGGCCUUUGGCUGACUUACAAAUCCCAAGAUGCCAAAACAGCACGCCUGGGACCACUAAAGAGAAGAGCGAUACUACACCAAGAAGGCCAUAUGGAUGAUGGCGUCACUCUCCAGAAGUGCCAGCAUGAAGAGUCCCAAGCUGCUAGAAUAAUUCGAAACACCACAGCCUUGUUUAGUCAUUUUAUCAGUGAUCUGGAUUCUGUGACUGGAAACAACAGGACUGGUUCAACCCCCAUCACCCUGCCUAUUGAGGAGGUAGUUCAAACACUGCAAGACUUGAUUGCUUACUUCCAGCCUCCCGAGGAAGAACUAGAACAUGAAGAUAAACAGAACAAGCUCCGUUCCCUCAAGAACCGACAAAACCUAUUCAAAGAGGAGGGAAUGCUGGCCCUAGUGUUAAACUGCAUCGAUCGCCUAAAUGUGUACAUCAGCACAGCACACUUUUCUGAAUUAUUGGGGGAAAAAGAAGGACCAGCAUGGAAGGAAAUCUUGAACCUUCUCUAUGAAUUGUUAGCUGCCCUGAUACGCGGUAACAGAAGCAACUGUGCACAAUUUUCCAAUAACCUUGAUUGGCUUAUUAGUAAACUAGAACGUCUUGAAUCUUCUUCAGGUAUAUUAGAAGUUCUGCAUUGCAUAUUGAUUGAAAGCCCAGAGGCUUUAAAUUUAAUAGAAAAGGGACACAUCCGAUCUAUAAUUUCUCUUUUGGACAAGCAUGGACGGAACCACAAGGUUCUGGAUGUCCUCUGCUCUCUGUGUGUGUGCAAUGGGGUGGCUGUUCGCACAAAUCAGAAUCUCAUUUGUGAUAACCUGCUGCCUAGGAGAGAUUUACUUCUACAAACACGUUUGGUUACUGAUGUCACCAGCAUGAGACCCAACAUCUUUCUUGGAGUGGCUGAAGGCUCAGCGCAGUAUAAGAAAUGGUAUUUUGAGAUGAUUAUUGACCAAGUAGAUCCAUUUCUCACACCAGAGCCCACACACCUACGUGUAGGCUGGGCCUCUACCUCUGGUUAUGCUCCAUAUCCUGGUGGAGGUGAAGGAUGGGGAGGCAAUGGUGUAGGGGAUGAUCUUUUCUCUUAUGGCUUUGAUGGGCUUCAUUUGUGGUCUGGUCGUGUUCCAAGAGCAGUGGCUUCAACAAACCAGCAUCUACUAGCAUCUGAUGAUGUGGUCAGCUGUUGUUUGGACUUAGGCGUGCCCAGCAUUUCUUUCCGCAUCAAUGGCCAGCCUGUUCAGGGCAUGUUUGAGAACUUUAAUACUGAAGGCCUAUUUUUUCCUGUAGUCAGCUUUUCUGCAGGGGUGAAGGUUCGCUUCCUUCUUGGUGGCCGUCAUGGAGAGUUCAAAUUUCUGCCACCUGCUGGUUAUGCGCCAUGCUAUGAGGCCUUACUUCCAAAAGAGAAAAUGAGAGUGGAACCUGUUAAAGAGUACAAGAGGGAUUUUGAUGGAGUUCGAGACUAUCUGGGCACUACACAUUUCCUCUCGCAAGCUUCUUUUAUCCCAUGCCCAAUAGACACCAGCCAGAUUGUCUUACCUCCUCAUCUUGAAAAGAUCAGAGACAAACUGGCUGAAAAUAUUCACGAACUUUGGGGCAUGAACAAAAUUGAACUUGGAUGGAUUUAUGGCAAGGUUCGAGAUGAUAAUAAACGCCAACAUCCUUGCUUGGUAGAGUUCUCCAAACUUCCAGAGACUGAGAAGAAUUACAAUUUACAGAUGUCUACAGAAACACUUAAAACUUUGCUGGCUCUAGGAUGUCUCAUUGUUCAUUCAAAUCAAACAGCAGAAGAAAAUCUGAAGAAAGUUAAACUUCCCAAAAACUACAUGAUGUCCAAUGGCUACAAACCUGCCCCAUUGGACCUUUCCGAUGUGAAACUAUUACCUGCACAAGAAGUUUUAGUUGAUAAACUUGCAGAGAAUGCACACAAUGUAUGGGCAAAAGAUAGGAUAAAGCAAGGAUGGACAUAUGGCAUUCAGCAGGAUUUGAAAAAUAAACGAAACCCCCGCUUGGUGCCAUAUGCUUUACUAGAUGAACGAACGAAGAAAUCAAAUCGAGACAGCCUGCGUGAAGCAGUAAGAACAUUUAUUGGCUACGGAUAUAACAUCGAGCCACCAGACCAAGAAAUUACUGACCAAAUGACAGAGCGGGUCAGCAUCGACAAGAUUCGCUUUUUCAGAGUGGAGAAGACAUAUGCUGUAGAAUCUGGCAAGUGGUAUUUUGAGUUUGAAGUUGUGACAGGAGGUGACAUGCGUGUAGGAUGGGCCAGACCUGGCUGUAGACCUGAUCUUGAACUGGGUGCAGAUGAGCAGGCAUUUGUAUUUGAGGGAAGCAGGGCUCAGUGUUGGAACAUGGGCAGCUCCUACUUUGGUCGCAGUUGGCAGCCUGGAGAUGUUGUGGGAUGUAUGAUUAACCUGGAUGACAAAUCAAUGAUCUUCACCCUAAAUGGAGAGCUGCUCAUAACAAAUCAGGGGUCUGAGUUGGCAUUUGCUGACUUUGAAAUUGAAAAUGGCUUUGUUCCCGUCUGCUCCCUUGGAUUGUCCCAAAUUGGUCGUAUGAACCUGGGGAAGGAUGCCAGCACGUUUAAGUACUACACAAUGUGUGGCCUGCAGGAAGGCUUCCAGCCCUAUGCUGUCAAUAUGAACAGAGAUGUUGUCAUGUGGUUUAGCAAACGCUUACCCACAUUUGUCAAUGUGCCAAAAGAUCAUCCUCAUAUUGAGGUAACAAGGAUAGAUGGGACGGUAGAAAGUCCUCCGUGCCUGAAAGUCACUCACAAAACCUUUGGAACCCAGAACAGUAAUGCAGAUAUGAUCUAUUGUCGCCUAAGCAUGCCUGUGGAGUUCCACUCUGCCUUUAACACUGAAGAAAACUUCCUGAAACGAAACCAGCUUCAAGAGGCAUCUUCACACACCACAACAACAUAUUACUACUCAGUCAGAAUAUUCGCUGGUCAGGAUCCUUCAUCUGUGUGGGUGGGAUGGGUAACCCCAGAUUACCACUUUUACAGAGAAAAAUUUGACUUGUCCAAGAACUGUACAGUGACUGUGACUUUAGGAGAUGAACGUGGCAGAGUACAUGAAAGUGUUAAGCGAAGCAACUGCUACAUGGUGUGGGGAGGCGACUUGUCUGCUGGCUCACAGAGAUCCAGUCGUAGCAGUGUGGACAUUGAUAUUGGGUGCCUUGUUGAUUUGGCUACUGGACUGCUGUCAUUCACAGCCAAUGGAAAAGAUCUUGGGACAUGCUACCAGGUUGAACCAAACACAAAGCUGUUCCCAGCUGUCUUCCUGCAGCCAACCAGCACAAAUCUCAUCCAAUUUGAGCUUGGCAGGUUAAAGAACACUAUGCCUCUCUCUGCUGCAAUAUUUAAAAGCGAGGAAAAAAAUCCUGUGCCACAGUGCCCUCCCCGACUGGAUGUGCAGACCAUUACCCCUGUCCUUUGGAGCCGCAUGCCAAACAACUUCCUUAAGGUGGAGACAGAACGUGUAAGUGAACGGCAUGGCUGGGUGGUGCAGUGUCUGGAACCUCUACAGAUGAUGGCAUUGCAUAUACCUGAGGAGAACCGGUGCAUAGACAUCCUGGAACUUUCUGAGCAGGAGGACUUAAUGAAAUUUCAUUACCACACUUUAAAGCUAUACUGUGCAGUGUGUGCACUUGGCAAUAACCGUGUUUCCCAUGCCCUGUGCAGUCAUGUAGACCAGUCCCAGCUCCUGUACACCAUUGAUAACCAGUAUUUACCUGGUCUUCUGAGAUCAGGAUUCUACAACCUUCUUAUCAGCAUGUUUUUAGAAUCUGCCAAGGAGGGCAAACUUAUGAUGAACAAUGAGUUUAUCAUUCCCAUCACGGAUGAGACACGGAAGAUCAGACUGUUCCCUGAUGAGUCAAAGAGACAUGGACUACCAGGGGUUGGGCGUAGUACUUGCCUGAAGUCUGACCUUCACUUCACAGUGCCCUGUUUUGUACUGACUGGAGAAGAGAGACAGCAACAUGGUCCAGAGAUUCCUAUUGACAUACUGAAGACAAAGGCCAUAAGCAUGUUAACAGAAGCUGUGCAGAGUAGUGGAGAACACAUUCGAGAUCCAGUUGGCGGCAAAGUGGAAUUCCAGUUUGUACCUGUUCUAAAACUUAUUGCUACCCUGCUUAUUAUGGGAGUGUUUGAAGAUGAAGAUGUACAGCAAAUACUUUUGCUUAUUGAUCCCAAUGUUUUUGGGGACAACAAGGAAGAGGAAACAGAGGAGUAUGAAAAGGAAGAAGUUGCACAAGUAGAGGAGAAAGAUGUGGAAGCAGGAGAGAAAGCAAUAAGAGAUCCAACUUCCCCCACCAAGGGUUUACUGCAGACACGUCUUCCAGAAUCUGUCAAACUCCAGAUGUGUGAGCUCCUUCAUUACUUCUGUGACUGUGAACUGAAGCACCGCGUAGAAUCAAUUGUCUCAUUCUCGGAUAACUUUGUAUCAAAACUGCAACACAACCAGAAGUUUCGGUACAACGAGCUGAUGCAGGCGCUGAAUAUGUCAGCUGCUCUGACUGCUAAGAAAACAAGGGAAUUCCGCUCCCCCCCACAGGAACAGAUUAACAUGCUUUUGAAUUUCCGACUGCACGAUGACUGUCCAUGCCCAGAAGAGAUUCGCGAUGAGCUUUACGAAUUUCAUGAGGAUCUCCUUAUGCAUUGUGGUAUUCCACUUGAUGAAUUGGAAGAAGAAGAAGAGGAUACAUCAUGGACAGGAAGGCUGCGAACACUGCUGUAUAAAAUCAAAGGCCGACCUAAAACAGAAGAAAAUGAUCCAGAUGAAGAGGAAGAAAAAUCCCCCACCACACUGAAGGAGCUUAUUUCACAAACGAUGGUGCGCUGGGCUCAAGAGGAUCACAUCCAAGAUCCAGAACUUGUACGCAUAAUGUUUAGCCUUCUCAGACGGCAGUACGACAGCAUUGGAGAGCUGCUACGGGCUAUGCGGAGAACCUAUACCAUCAGUGCUGCUUCUGUUGAGGACACCAUCAACCUAUUGGCCUCACUUGGUCAAAUAAGAUCACUACUAAGUGUUAGGAUGGGUAAAGAAGAGGAGAUGCUGAUGAUUGAUGGAUUAGGGGACAUCAUGAACAACAAAGUCUUCUAUCAACAUCCAAAUUUGAUGCGUGUGUUGGGGAUGCAUGAAACAGUUAUGGAAGUCAUGGUUAAUGUGCUUGGUGGAGAUAAAUCACAGCAAAUUGCCUUUCCCAAAAUGGUGGCAAGCUGUUGCCGAUUUCUCUGCUACUUCUGCAGGAUCAGCCGACAGAACCAAAAGGCCAUGUUUGAGCAUCUUGGUUACUUAUUGGAAAACAGCAGUGUUGGACUGGCUUCUCCAUCAAUGAGAGGUUCUACACCUUUGGAUGUUGCUGCAGCAUCUGUCAUGGACAACAAUGAGCUCGCCUUGGCUUUACAAGAACCGGAUUUAGAGAAGGUUGUAACUUAUUUAGCCGGAUGUGGGUUACAAAGUUGUCUGAUGCUAAUAGCUAAGGGCUACCCAGACAUUGGAUGGAAUCCUAUAGAAGGGGAGCGUUACCUCUCUUUUCUGCGCUUUGCUGUCUUUGUUAAUGGUGAGAGUGUUGAAGAGAAUGCCAGUGUGGUAGUAAAGCUCCUUAUUCGACGUCCUGAGUGUUUUGGGCCAUCCUUGAGAGGAGAAGGGGGAAAUGGUUUGUUGUCGGCGAUGCAGGAAGCUAUUAACAUCUCUGAGAACCCGGCUUUGGACCUUCCUUCGCAUGGGUAUCAGAGGGAAGUGGUCGAGGAAGAUGAAGAAGAAGAGAUUGUACACAUGGGAAAUGCUAUAAUGUCAUUUUAUUCUGCACUUAUUGACCUUCUUGGACGUUGCGCACCAGAAACCCAUCUGAUCGAGGCCGGAAAAGGUGAAGCAAUUCGAAUCCGGUCUAUCCUUCGUUCACUUGUUCCCACUGAGGACUUGGUUGGAAUAAUUAGUAUUCCAUUAAAGCUUCCUGCUUUUAACAAAGAUGGCUCAGUGUUUGAACCUGACAUGGCAGCCAGCUUCUGCCCAGAUCACAAGGCCCCAAUGGUGCUGUUUCUGGAUCGUGUUUAUGGUAUUAAGGACCAAAGCUUCCUCCUGCAUUUGCUGGAGGUGGCCUUCUUACCUGAUCUUAGAGCAUCAGCUUCUCUUGACACUGCUUCCCUGAGUGUAACUGAAAUGGCUCUUGCUUUGAACCGCUACAUCUGCUCAGCAGUGCUGCCCUUGCUCACUCGAUGUGCACCCCUUUUCUCUGGGACUGAACAUUAUGCUGCGCUCAUUGAUUCAACCCUACAUACGAUCUAUAGGUUGUCAAAGGGACGUUCUUUAACCAAGGCUCAGAGAGACACCAUUGAAGAGUGUUUGCUGUCUAUUUGCCAUCAUAUGAGGCCUUCCAUGCUCCAGCAGCUCCUGCGACGCCUCGUUUUUGAUGUUCCCUUACUCAAUGAGUACUGCAAAAUGCCACUGAAGCUUUUGACAAACCAUUAUGAGCAAUGCUGGAAAUAUUACUGCCUCCCUUCUGGAUGGGGAAGUUAUGGAUUAGCCUCAGAGGAAGAAUUGCACUUGACAGAGAAGCUAUUCUGGGGAAUAUUCGAUUCUUUAUCUAACAAGUUCCUAUCUCUCCUGCAGAAGUAUGAUGCUGAGCUCUUCCGAAUGUCCAUGCCAUGUCUCAGUGCCAUAGCUGGUGCUUUGCCACCAGAUUAUGUCGAUACCAGAAUUAAAGCAACUCCAGAAAAACAAAUGUCUGUGGAUGCUGAGGGAAAUUUUGAUCCAAAACCAAUUAAUACUGCAAACUUGACACUACCCGAAAAACUUGAAUAUAUUGUAAACAAAAAUGCCGAACAUUCACAUGAUAAAUGGGCCUAUGACAAGAUCCACAGUGGCUGGAAAUAUGGAAUGUCUCUUGAUGAGAACAUGAAAACUCACCCACUGUUGCGACCAUAUAAGACACUGUCAGAAAAGGAGAAAGAAAUUUACCGCUGGCCUGUAAGAGAGUCUGUGAAAACGAUGUUAUCAAUGGGCUGGAGCGUGGAACGGACCAAAGAAGGAGAAGCUUUGGCAUUGCAUCGUGAAAAUGAGAAGAUGCGCAGCAUAUCCCAGUCCAGCCAGGGAAAUGGAUAUAACCCUGCUCCACAGGAUCUGAGCAACGUUGUCCUUUCCAGGGAGCUGCAGGGGAUGGUUGAAGUGAUGGCAGAAAACUACCACAACAUUUGGGCUAAGAAAAAGAAGAUGGAACUGGAAAGCAAAGGUGGAGGUAGCCAUCCAUUACUGGUGCCUUAUGAUACCUUAACUGCAAAGGAGAAGGCUCGAGAUCGAGAGAAAGCUCAGGAGCUGUUCAAAUUCCUUCAAGUAAAUGGCUAUGCCAUAUCCAGAGGACUGAAAGAUAUGGAGCUCGAUGCAUCUUCCAUGGAAAAAAGAUUUGCCUUUAAGUUUCUCAAAAAAGUUAUUCAUUAUGUGGACUCGGCACAGGAGUUUAUUGCACACUUAGAGGCUGUUGUGGGCAGUGGUAAAUCUGAGAAGUCACCUCAUGAGCAAGAGAUUAAAUUUUUUGCUAAAGUUCUGCUUCCCCUUGUUGAUCAGUACUUUAAGAACCACUGUCUGUAUUUUCUUUCCUCACCAACGAAAACUUUAAGCAGUAGUGGUUAUGCCUCCAACAAAGAGAAAGAAAUGGUAGCAAGUCUUUUCUGCAAACUGGCAGCUCUUGUCAGACAUAGGAUUUCUCUCUUUGGAAGUGAUUCUGCCACAAUGGUGAGCUGCCUACACAUUCUUGCUCAGACACUGGACACACGUACAGUCAUGAAAUCUGGAUCUGAGCUGGUAAAGGCAGGCGUUCGGGCAUUUUUUGAAAAUGCUGCUGAAGAUUUGGAGAAAACGUUGGAAAAUCUGAAACUGGGAAAGUUUACUCACUCGAGGACUCAAAUGAAGGGAGUCUCCCAGAACAUUAACUACACCACUGUGGCACUUUUGCCCAUCCUAACAUCAAUCUUUGAGCAUGUAGCUCGCCACCAGUUUGGUGUUGAUUUAUUGUUGGAUGAUGUGCAAGUUUCCUGCUACCGAAUUUUGUGUAGUCUGUAUGCACUUGGAACAGGAAAGAACAUUUAUGUUGAAAGACAACGCCCAGCUCUGGGAGAGUGCCUGGCAGCCUUGGCAGGGGCUAUUCCUGUGGCUUUCCUUGAGCCAUCUCUCAAUCACAACAACCCACUCACAGUUUUCAACACAAAGUCUCCCAGAGAGAGAGCCAUUUUAGGGAUGCCAGAUACUGUGGAGGAAAUGUGUCCAGAUAUGCCACACUUAGAGGGCUUGAUGAAAGAGAUCAAUGAGUUGGCAGAAUCUGGAGCCAGGUAUACAGAAAUGCCACACGUGAUUGAAGUUGUCUUACCCAUGCUGUGUAACUACCUAUCCUACUGGUGGGAGAGGGGAACUGAGAAUGUGCCAGAAAAUGCCAGGCCUUGCUGUACACUGGUGACAUCUGAGCACCUUAGUGUCAUCCUUGGGAAUAUCCUCAAGAUAAUAAACAACAAUCUUGGCAUUGAUGAAGCCUCAUGGAUGAAGAGAAUUGCAGUUUAUGCUCAACCAAUCAUUAGCAAAGCACAGCCAGACCUCCUAAAGAGUCACUUCAUUCCCACAUUGGAGAAACUCAAGAAGAAAGCAAUAAAGAUUGUGCUAGAGGAGGAACAACUGAAAGCAGACAGUAAAGCAGAUACGCAGGAGGCAGAGCUACUCAUUUUAGAUGAAUUUGCUGUUUUAUGUAGAGAUUUGUACGCCUUCUAUCCAAUGCUGAUAAGAUAUGUGGACAACAACAGGUCAAACUGGCUCAAAAAGCCAGAUAUAGACUCUGAUGAGCUGUUCAGAAUGGUCGCCGAGGUUUUCAUUCUUUGGUGUAAAUCGCAUAAUUUUAAAAGAGAAGAACAAAAUUUUGUGAUUCAGAAUGAGAUCAACAAUCUGGCAUUUUUAACUGGGAACACCAAGAGCAAGAUGUCAAAGCCCAUACAAGUAAAGUCUGGAGGGCAAGACCAGGAGAGGAAAAGAAUAAAGCGACGUGGGGACCUUUACUCCAUUCAGACAUCUUUGAUUGUGGCAGCUUUAAAGAAGAUGCUUCCUAUUGGUCUGAACAUGUGUACCCCUGGGGACCAGGAGCUGAUUUCAUUGGCUAAGAGCAGAUACAGCCUUAAAGAUACAGAUGAUGAAGUAAAAGAACAUCUACGAAAUAACCUCCACCUUCAAGAAAAGUCUGAAGAUCCAGCAGUGAAGUGGCAACUUAACCUCUACAAGGAUAUUAGGCAAAGUGACGAACAAUCAGAUUCUGAGAAGAUAGUGGAACGUGUUCAGAAAAUAUCUGCAGCAUUAUUCCAUCUUGAGCAGGUGGAGCAACCCUUGAGAUCUAAAAAAGCAGUUUGGCACAAACUCUUGUCGAAGCAGAGGAAAAGAGCCGUGGUGGCCUGCUUUCGUAUGGCACCCUUGUACAACCUUCCAAGACACAAAAUUAACAAUUUCUUCCUGAGCUCCUACCAACGUAUUUGGCUGGAAAAAGUACAUGAGAACUCAGACUAUGACAGUCUAAUACUCGUGUUAACGAAACCCAAGAAAACUGAUGAGGAAGAAGAAGAGGAGACAGAAAAGAAGCCUGAUCCUCUUCACCAGAUUAUAUUACAUUUCAGUCGCAAUGCUCUUACUGAAAGGAGCAAAUUGGAAGAUGAUCCUUUAUACACAGCAUAUGCAGCAAUGAUGGCGAAGAGCUGUCAGAAUGAAGAGGAAGAUGAAGAGAAAGAAAAGACAUUUGAAGAGAAGGAAAUGGAAAAACAAAAGACCUUAUAUCAACAAGCACGCCUGCACGAAAGGGGAGCUGCUGAAAUGGUCUUGCAAAUGAUCAGCGCAAGUAAAGGUGAAAUGGGCCCCAUGGUAGUGGAAACCCUAAAACUUGGAAUUUCAGUUUUGAAUGGCGGUAACACCGUGGUGCAACAGAAAAUGCUCGAUUACUUGAAGGAGAAGAAAGAUGCUGGCUUUUUCCAGAGUUUGUCUGGCCUGAUGCAGUCAUGCAGUGUUCUUGACUUGAAUGCAUUUGAAAGGCAAAACAAGGCAGAAGGACUUGGAAUGGUCACAGAAGAAGGAACGCUCAUUGUCCGGGAACGUGGUGAAAAGGUUUUACAGAAUGAUGAGUUCACACGUGAUCUCUUCAGAUUCUUGCAGCUUCUAUGUGAAGGGCAUAAUAACGACUUCCAGAAUUUCCUACGAACCCAGAUGGGCAACACAACAACCGUGAACAUAAUUAUAAGCACUGUAGAUUAUCUUCUCCGCCUCCAGGAAUCUAUCAGUGAUUUCUACUGGUACUACUCAGGGAAGGAGGUGAUUGAUGAAUCUGGGCAACACAACUUUUCCAAGUCUCUUGCUGUGACCAAACAAAUAUUUAACUCGCUCACAGAAUAUAUUCAGGGUCCGUGCAUUGGAAAUCAGCAGAGCUUGGCACAUAGCCGUCUAUGGGAUGCCGUUGUUGGUUUUCUCCAUGUCUUUGCAAAUAUGCAAAUGAAACUAUCACAGGAUUCUAGCCAGAUUGAGUUAUUAAAAGAACUACUGGACCUCUUACAGGACAUGGUUGUGAUGCUGCUGUCCCUUUUAGAAGGAAAUGUAGUGAAUGGGACAAUUGGAAAACAAAUGGUGGACACACUGGUAGAGUCCUCUAGCAAUGUAGAAAUGAUCCUCAAGUUCUUUGAUAUGUUCCUUAAGCUGAAAGACUUGACCAGCUCUGAUGCCUUUAAGGAAUAUGAUCCUGAGGGGAAAGGUGUCAUCUCCAAGAAAGAGUUCCAGAAGGCGAUGGAGGGACAGAAGCAAUAUGCACCAUCAGAAAUUGAAUUCCUGCUCUCCUGUGCUGAAGCUGAUGAAAACGAUAUGUUUAAUUAUGUUGAAUUUGUGGAUAGAUUUCAUGAACCCGCAAAAGACAUCGGCUUCAAUGUGGCUGUUCUGCUGACAAAUCUUUCUGAACAUAUGCCACAUGAUUCCCGGCUCCAGUGUCUAUUAGAACCUGCUAGUAGUGUUUUAAGUUACUUUUCCCCAUACCUUGGUCGCAUUGAAAUUAUGGGAGGAGCAAAGAGAAUAGAAAGAGUGUAUUUUGAGAUUAGUGAGUCAAGCCGAACACAGUGGGAAAAACCACAGGUCAAGGAAUCAAAGAGACAGUUCAUAUUUGAUGUGGUGAAUGAAGGUGGAGAACAAGAGAAGAUGGAACUAUUUGUUAACUUCUGUGAAGACACUAUUUUUGAGAUGCAGUUGGCAUCUCAGAUCUCUGAUUCAGAUGCUGUAGAGAGACCCGAGGAAGAAGAAGAGGAAGAAUCACAUCACAUCAUAGAAGUUGGUGAAGAAGAUGAGGAAGCACAGUCUUUAGAAUCUUCUUCAGCAUUUAUUGUAGCAUGUACAUCUCUUAAAAACAAUACUUCCAAUUUCCUAAAAAUGCUUACAUUAAAAAAUAUUGGUAAACAGCUUCGGAAGGUGAAGAAGAUGACUUUGAAGGAGCUAGUGAAGGUUUUCUUCUCAUUUUUCUGGAUGCUUUUCGUUGGACUGUUUCAGUUUGUGUUUACGAUUGUAUGGGGCGUAUUCCAGAUACUUUGGAGCACUGUGUUUGGAGGAGGUUUAGUGGAAGGGGCCAAAAACAUUAAAGUUACAAAGAUCUUAGGUGAUAUGCCAGACCCUACUCAGUUUGGAAUUCACGAUGAUGUCCUGGAAGCUGAAAAGGUAGAUGCUAAUGAACAUGCAACUUCCACUGAACUUGCUAAUCUUGUAAAAGGAGACAAGGGGGACGUAGAUAUGCCAGAUAUUUUUGGCAUUCAGGGGAAAAAGGAAGGCUCGAAGCAUAGCCCAGAAGUUGGACUUGGUGAUUUCUCAGAAGCUGUAACUACAGAGACUGCUCCAAGCUUGGAGAACGCAGUCCGAAAGAGAAAAAACGCACUUGCUGCCGAACUUGCCAAAGAACAAGAGGAGCAAUCUAAGGCCGAAUCUGAGAAGGCAGACCUGGAAGAUGGUGAAAAAAAGGACAAGGUUAAGGCAGAGGAACAGUCCGAGUUAGUGGAAAGUAAAGAGAGUAUAAGUAAGAAAAAGAGACGGGGACCUAAGAAAGAGGAACCCGAAGCAUUUAUGGCAAACUUCUUGGCUGGCUUGGAGAUCUACCAAACAAAGAUGCUGAAUUAUCUGGCCAGAAAUUUCUACAAUCUAAGGUUCCUUGCUCUGUUUGUCGCAUUUGCCAUUAACUUCAUUCUUUUGUUCUACAAGGUGACUGAAGAACAUUCCAGUGAAGACAGUGAAGACAAUGAAACAAACUUAUGGGACACGUUUCAAGAAGAAGAAGAGGACGCAGAUGAGGGGGCUGUAUAUUUUGUUCUGCAGGAAAACACAGGUUACAUGGCUCCAACACUGCGCAUAUUGGCUGUUAUGCACACCAUUAUCUCCUUCGUCUGUGUCAUUGGAUACUACUGCCUCAAGGUUCCUCUGGUGGUAUUUAAGCGUGAAAAGGAAAUUGCUCGCAAUGUGGAGUUUGAUGGCCUGUACAUCACAGAGCAGCCUUCAGAGGAUGAUAUAAAAGGGCAAUGGGACCGGCUUGUCAUUAACACCCCGUCAUUCCCUAAUAAUUACUGGGAUAAAUUUGUUAAAAGAAAGGUAAUCAACAAAUAUGGAGACCUGUAUGGGGCUGACCGAAUAGCAGAGCUCCUGGGUUUGGACAAAAAUGCCCUAGACUUCAGCCCAGUGAAGAAGACCAAACCAGAAGAAGGUUCACUUGUAUCUUGGCUGAGUUCCAUCGAUAUGAAGUACCACAUCUGGAAACUUGGUGUCGUCUUCACAGACAAUUCAUUCCUGUAUCUUGCCUGGUAUACCACCAUGUCGAUCCUGGGGCAUUACAACAAUUUCUUUUUUGCCGCCCAUCUGUUGGACAUUGCAAUGGGCUUUAAGACUCUGAGAACGAUUCUUUCUUCCGUAACGCACAAUGGAAAACAAUUGGUGCUGACAGUUGGACUUCUGGCUGUCGUCGUUUAUCUGUACACUGUUGUGGCCUUCAACUUCUUCCGCAAAUUCUACAACAAAAGUGAGGACGAGGACGAUCCUGACAUGAAGUGUGAUGACAUGAUGACAUGUUAUCUGUUCCACAUGUACGUGGGUGUGAGAGCAGGAGGAGGCAUUGGAGAUGAGAUUGAAGACCCUGCAGGAGACCCCUAUGAAAUGUAUAGAAUUGUGUUUGACAUCACUUUCUUCUUCUUCGUUAUUGUCAUUCUCUUGGCAAUUAUCCAAGGUUUGAUUAUUGAUGCUUUUGGUGAGUUGAGAGAUCAGCAAGAACAAGUUAGAGAAGAUAUGGAGACCAAAUGUUUCAUUUGUGGGAUUGGGAAUGACUACUUUGACACGACGCCUCACGGAUUUGAAACACAUACGUUACAAGAGCACAACUUGGCCAAUUACCUGUUCUUCCUCAUGUAUCUUAUUAAUAAGGAUGAGACAGAACACACCGGCCAGGAAUCCUAUGUGUGGAAGAUGUACCAGGAGAGAUGUUGGGACUUCUUCCCGGCCGGUGACUGUUUCCGCAAACAAUAUGAAGAUCAGCUUGGCUAAUAAAGCUCCCAGCUUGUUCCUGUGGGAUGGGACGGAGCCUGAAGUCACCAAUAAUCCCAAGGGACACAUUUUGCAAACGAUCACCUUUUACCAACAAGACUACAGAGCGAUUAUCUGGAGCUGAGGCAAUUCCUUUAUACUAAGGAUGUAUAAAAACAAAAUCAUGUGCAACGAAAACACAAAUUUACAAAAUAAAAAAAAAAAGUAAAAAAAAAAUAAAUAAAAGUUAAAGUAAUAAAAAAAAAAAGAAAUAAAUAUCACUAUACUACAUUAAUAAAUGGAUGCUCUAACAUUCUCAAUCAGCCAUAGUGCCAUUUGUUGGAUCACUGGACAGAACCAUUAGAUCGUGUCUGGAGCAAACACCAGAGGCAGAGCUGUAGGUAGAAGUUCAUGAAUAAAGCAGUGAUAUCAGUGUGACUGCAGCAUCCACCAUUAGUUUUACAUUUUCCUCUACGGACAUAAACAUAUGGGCAGAUGUGUUAGUAUUAGAGAGUCACUGUUGGCCGUGUCAGCCAUGAAGGGCUAAUUGUUACACACGUGCAAUGCACAAUACUUAUCCCAACACACAAUACGGAAUCAUUUCUGUGGUUACAUUAGUGAAUGUCAUCAAUGAACUGCAUUCUAAUUCAGCGGUUCUACUGAAUCCCUGUCUGGAGAUGCAUGCAGAAUGGGGAUUGCUCUUGGGAUAAGGACACAUUUAUACUUCAAUACUUAAUAAUAACUCAAGUUUGCCAAAAGCAAAGAGUGCGACUCUUAAGCCUGACGAUGUAGCACCCGCAGGUUCCAGCGCUCAUGGCCUUGGGGAUUUGACAGGAGCUACGGUGGCUUGCAGCUCAGAACUGUACAUGUUUACCUGUGUAAAAUAGUCACAACUAAGGUUUCUGAUAGGAUCUAGCUGUAGUUUGCCAUAGUUGAAAUAAAAAAAACGGAGGAAAGGGUUUGGGAAAAAAUGACUCCUCAAUACUUUUUCCGCCCUGAACUCAAUCAAUGAAGUGCCUUAACCGUCUGUAGACGUAGCUAUGCAAGAUGUUUUUUAUGUUCGUAUAUAUAUUAGAUUGACAACAUACACAACGUUGUGCUGUUCUUUGUCUUACUGUAUGAAAUGAGAAACUGCAUUCAGUUGCUAUUUAGUUUUUUUUUUUUUUUUUUUUCUUUCAAUGACAGUCUGCUGUUAUUUAAAGAAACUGGAAUGUAUCUUAAAAUAUCUUUAAUUCUCUUAAUUGAAAAUCUUAUGCCAAAAUAUAAGCACUGCUUUCUGGUCAUUAGUAGGUGCUGUAGUGAAGCUGCUAACUUUAUGCAUUUUUCUUCAACAACAAUAAAGUGCCCAUCGCAAUAAACAAAUGAUAAACCA